CUUCUAGAAACGUCCUUUUACGGAAUUUUAGUCGUUCUCACUUCCCAUUUCUGGGAAACUUCCUCCGUCUAAUCUCUUCCGUACACACUCAAUCAUAUAUAGAAAGAGCUGUACGUGUAUAACGUCAAUAGACGAUAAACAUUGAAAACUUUCUCUAAAGUCUUAUCAGAUUACUUAUACCCAUUUCACCAAUAUCACCAAACAAAAAGGUCCAAAAACUACCCUUCUUGAAUCCUUUAUCAGAAACCAGAGACAAAAUCUAUGGAUUGUACUUCUUCUUCAUUCAUAAGCACAAACGAUCUCCGAAGAAUGUUCAAGCAGCUCGACAAGAACCAAGACGGGCUUGUGACUCUCGACGAGCUCUGUUGGAUUCUUGAGAAACUCGGUUGGGCAGAACACACUCCCGACGAGCUUGAACUGAUCGUUGGUAAACAGAGCCUCGAUCUAGACGAGUUCCUUCGGUUCUACCACGACACCGUUUUAGAUAGCAAAGUGACGAAUACCAAUAAUGAUGUUGUUGUUGUUGAUGGUGAUGAUGAAGCGAUUGUGAGGGCGUUUAAUGUGUUCGAUGUGAACGGAGAUGGUUAUAUCUCUGCGGAGGAGCUUCGUGAUGUGUUGGAACGACUAGGGUUCGAAGAGGAGGCAAAGGCGUGGGAUUGUGGAAGAAUGAUUCGAGUUCAUGACAAGAAUCUUGAUGGUUUUGUUGACUUUGAAGAAUUCAAGAACAUGAUCUUACAUGUCUAGUGAUAUGAUAAUACACAUAUUUGCGUAUAGUCCAUCAUCUUACAUGUUUUUGUGAGUUAUGCGUAAAAACUUUGAAAGUGUGAAGUAUAUAUAAUUUUGUGAUGUGUUAAUGUAUAAACUAUGUCUUUUACUGUGAUCAAGUUUUUGUAAUGAAAAAUGGCUCUUCUGAUAUCACUAAGCCAUUAGUAUUGUACAUAUGUAUAUAUGGAUGAUCCUUUUCAGUGUGUUAUAAUAAUUCCAGCUUAAGCUUUAA